AUGUCACUUUUGUAGGUAUUGUAAACAGCUGGCUGCCCUACCGCUGAAAAUCUUUUGAUACAAUUUUUACGUUAAAGUAAUGUAGUAUUGUCAUAUUUUUGUUAUUCACUAUUGUAUUUUUAUCAAUGUUUAUUAUGACGUAUUGCAGUGUUAAGUCCAAAGUUGCGUAAACGCAUAUCUCAACAUGUGCCGUUGGAUGUUGUUGUGGAUGUCGCUGGCAAGCUUCGUGGUGGCCAUCCCCGAGGAACACCAGUACUGCGCCGUCCGAUACAGGAGGCUCUGCCAGGGCAAGGGCCGACAUAUUGCCUGUCAAUUUCCUGAUUCUGGCCCCGGACCCUCGUGUGAACGCUACACACAAAUUAAAUUCACAAAUGAUUUGAAGCAUUUCAUCACCCAUUACCUGAACCGACGUCGUCAGCGUAUUGCCGCUGGCAAUGAAAGAGUGCGUGGUGGCGUCCAUCUUCCGAAGCCACAAAUUAUGAUGCUGGUUGAAUGGGAUCGUGAGCUGGCUCUACUAGCUCAAAGGCUGGCGGAUCAAUGCCAUUUCGUACAUGAUGACUGCAGAGCUACUGUCCGCUAUCCCUACGCGGGUCAGACAGUGGGCGAGGUAAGGUGGCGCCGCUCCAGCGAGUCGGACGAGCUGAGCGCGCAGCGUGCUAUACGCCGCGUGUUGGACGCGUGGUGGGGCGAGAGACGGCGCGUGCAGCCCAAGCAACUGACGGCGCCGUUUAGACUUACUGCUAAAGGCACAGUCUGGGGUCACUUCAGCCAGCUAGCAGUGUGGAACCUCCAGGCAGUUGGCUGCGGUGCCGUGCGCCAUGGUGCCCACCACUCCCGUCUACUCCUCGUGUGUGACUUCUCCCACACUAAUAUGUUGGGACAGAGGACCCUGGUCGCUGGGCCCAUGGCUGCCUGUCCUAUCCACACGGCUAGAAGACCUAGGACAGCUUAUCCUUUGCUCUGUGCACCGGUACGCCACCCAGUUCCCGCGGAGCCAGAAGAAGUGGAACUAGAAGAUAAUUACGAGGAUGAUGAAGAGGAUGACCCGGACAUCGUGACAGUGGAUGUUGGGGAUGUUCCUACACCAGCUCUUUGGAUCACCAAGACUGAGAAACGAACUCCCGUACCCAAAGCCAAGCCUAAGCCCACCACGACCAGGGAGUUUCUUGAACAGCACACCAGGAAAUUUGAGACGAAAAAUAUGUACCAUAGACCGACGUACAAGCCGCAGUCAACGACGACGGCCAAAGAGUCCAUCAUACAGAAGCUGGAUCGGGAGCUGGAACAGAAGACUCGGAACAAGGUGAACAUCAACGUGAACUAUAAGGAGGCUCAGAAUACCUUCGACAACAACCAGUUCGACAAUAUCGUGAGGAACGACUGGAAGGCUCGGAAGAAACCUAACUUUGGACAGUGGCGCCAAAGCCAAGAAAAUCCGGAAAACUUGGAGGAGGUAAUCCCUCUGACGACUCCUCGGCCCGAAACCACUGAGACGACGGAGGUCACCUUGGGGGAACUGUACCGCCCCACUCUUAGGGAGGAGCCGACUGAACAGCCGGUACCCCGCACUCUCCUGGAGAUGUACCGGCCCACCGUGAGAGAUGACAAUGAUAACACCGAACAUGAGGAGACCAUCUUUCGUCCGAGAUGGAGACAGACAAGGCUUAGACCUCCGAGACCGGGUGCAAACGCUCUUCUUACAUACGCAUCCACAGGAAAACCACCAAAGAAGGAAUUUAUUGAAGCAGAGAGAUUUAGGCCCAUAAUGACACUCCAAAAAAGACCACCAAACGAUGAGAAGCCCAAAGGGGCCUCCUUGAACCUGGACAAGGAAGAUAUCGACCAGUUAUUUCGAGACACCGGCUUCAACAUACACUGGAGGAAGCACACCACAUGAGACUGCAAUACAUAUGUGUUCCUUGUUUA